AUGCCUCGUUCUACAGUGACCUCGUGCUUUGUUAGAGGUGACAAUUUAGAUGCCAAACUGCAAAGAUUUUGGGAGUUAGAGGAACUGUCUACGAAAACGAUUAGCAGGCAGGGUAAAAUAUGUGAUGCUCACUUUCAGCGCCACACGGCACGAGAUGAAGAAGGGAGAUUUGUGGUUCGACUACCAGUGAAACCUGACUGUAAAUCAUUAGGCGAAUCACGACAACAAGCGUCUCGGAGAUUGGCGCAUCUUGAGAGGAGGUUUAAAAGGCAACCGAAUCUGCCGAAGGAAUACGCUGCAUUCAUGCAUGAAUAUGGUAAUGAGAUCGCUUUGCUGAUGGACAGUUCCCCUAUUCCACAUAAUAGCAAAUUAAGGGAUUUGCACCCGUUUGUUGAUGCCGAAGGUAUUUUACGAGUGGGAGGGAGAUUAAUGAAUGCUAGUGUACCAUCCUAUUAUCGUACCACCUAUGCAUCAUUUGACAAAACUCUCAUAAUACGUGAACAUGAAAAUCUGUUGCAUGCUGGGUCACAAAUUUUGUUGGCUAUGUUGCGUAGGAGGUUUUGGAUCCUCAAUGGACGUAACACAGUCAAGGGAGUUAUCACAAAAUGUUUAAAAUGCUUUAGGCUUAAGUCCAAGACAGCAGUUCAACUCAUGAGUCAGCUACCUGCAGCUAGAGUAAACCAGUCUCAUCCAUUCCAUCACUGUGGAGUAGAUUAUGCAGGCCCUAUUGCUGUAAAGCAUGGUGGAAGGCGGAGUAAAGUUACCACCAAGACUUAUAUUGCUUUAUUCAUUUGCAUGGCAACCAAGGCCAUCCACUUAGAAUUAGUUAGUGACUUGGUAACAAGUUCAUUUUUGGCCGCCCUCAGGAGAUUCAUUGCAAGAAGAGGGAAUCCUUCUCACAUGUACAGUGACAAUGGUACCACAUUUGUAGGUGCAGACAAUGAGCUUAAACGUUUUCUCUCCAACGAUGUCACUGUUAAAGAUGUGGUGAAUUAUUCGACCUCAGAGGGAAUCAGUUGGAGGUUCACUCCACCUUGUGCCCCUCACUUUGGUGGACUCUGGGAGGCAGGAAUCAAAUGCAUGAAGUCGCAUCUCAAACGCGUCGUCGGCAAUGCAGUGUUGACAUUUGAAGAACUGACUACUGUGUUAAUUCAGAUAGAAGCAUGCUUGAAUUCAAGGCCGUUGUGUCUUCUCUCUGAUGACCUAGAUUCUCCUGCUGCUCUCACUCCUGGUCAUUUCCUAAUCGGACAGCGCCUUUGUGCUCAUCCUGAACCCUCUGUCCUUGAGGUUCCCGCCAACAGGUUGCACAGAUGGCAACUUGUGCAGCAGUUGCAUCAGUCCUUUUGGAAGAGGUGGUCCACAGAAUAUAUACAUGAUCUGCAGCAACGCAAAAAAUGGACAUCGGAAGGAGCAUGGCAACCCCAGAUCGGCGAUCAUGUGCUGGUCAAGGAGGAUAAUUUGCCUCCCUUGGUGUGGAGGCUGGGUGUCAUUGAUCAGCUGUUUCCCGGUCCUGAUAAGUGUGUGCGUGUGGUAAUCGUAAAAACUGCUAAUGGGCAUAUUAAGAGGCCUAUAGCAAAAUUGUGUCCCCUACCUAAACAGUGA